UAAGCCUUUGCAGUGGUCCAGAUGUAAACAAUUGACCAUAAUAAUCUGGAAGUGAAAAGACACGACUAGUACCCUUGAACUUUGUAGAAGAUUCCUCCUUGCAUUAUGAACUGAAUAAAGAGACUCAGACCUUACGACGUGGCUUGCUAGUAAUGGCAGGAGUCUUUCACAGUCAGGUGGCUCUAAGGACUCUUUUGAGGUGUCUGAGUCCUCACAGCACUCUGUAUUCUGCAGUCACUGGCAGAACUUUAGUCCCAGGCCUCAGCGGCCCAAUCCUCAGACCAAAACACUUACAGUGCAGUGUCUGGGCCCGGGAUCACCAUGCAGGGGCAGACAGAGCCCAGCCUUCCCCCACUGCAGCCCCGGAGAGGCUACCUUUCUCCAGGGUAACGCCAGAGGAUGUGGCCUUCUUCAGAGAGAUGCUACAAGGCAGGACCAUCACCGACCCAGACCUCCUGGUUGCCAGCAAUAUGGACUGGCUGAAGUCAGUGAGAGGUCACAGUGAGUUGCUGUUGAGACCUCAAACAACAGAAGAAGUGUCCCAAAUCCUCAAGCACUGCACUAACCGUAACCUGGCAGUGAACACCCAAGGGGGAAACACGGGCCUGGUGGGGGGCAGCGUUCCUGUCUACGAUGAGAUCAUUCUCUCCACAGCGCUCAUGAACAGCGUACGGGACUUUGAUGCCGUCUCUGGUAUUCUGACGUGCCAGGCUGGCUGUGUCCUGGAGAGCCUGUCUCAAUACCUCGAGGAGAGGGACCACAUCAUGCCUCUGGACCUGGGCGCCAAGGGCAGCUGCCACAUCGGGGGCAACGUUGCCACCAAUGCUGGGGGGCUUCGUCUGCUCCGCUACGGCUCCCUGAGGGGGACGGUCCUGGGUCUGGAGGUGGUGCUGGCAGACGGACGAGUGCUGGACUGCUUGGCCACUCUGAGGAAGGACAACACGGGGUAUGACCUGAAGCAGCUGUUCAUCGGCUCAGAGGGCACGCUGGGGGUCAUCACCGCCGUGUCGAUCCUGUGUCCACGGAAACCCAAAGCUGUUAACGUGGCCUUUCUCGGCUGCGAGAGCUUUGAACAGCUGCUGAAAACCUUCCAGCUGUGCAGAGGCAUGCUGGGUGAAAUACUGUCUGCCUACGAGUUCCUGGAUAGAGAUUGCAUGAGGCUGCUGAACACUCACCUGAAACUACCCAACCCCAUCACAGAUUGCCCGUUCUACAUCGUCAUAGAAACUGCAGGGUCUAACCCCACCCACGAUGAAGAGAAGCUACAUAACUUCCUGGAAGAGGCGAUGACAUCAUCACUGGUCAGCGAUGGCACGGUGGCAACCGAGGAUGCUAAAAUCAAGGCUCUGUGGUCGAUGCGUGAGAGGAUCACUGAGGCGCUGACUCACGACGGCUUCACGUAUAAAUACGACAUCUCCCUCCCCGUGGAGCGCAUCUACCAGCUCGUGGAGGACACGAGGCGGCGGCUGGCGGGCAAGGCCAAGAGCGUGGUGGGCUACGGACACGUGGGUGAUGGGAACCUCCACCUGAACAUCACCUCCCCUUCCAAAGAUCCCGCCCUCCUCGCCGCCAUCGAGCCCUUUGUCUACGAGUGGACUGCCGGUUUCCAUGGCAGCAUCAGUGCCGAGCACGGUCUGGGGCUGAAGAAGAGGAACUACAUCUACUACAGUAAGAGCAGCCAGGCUGUGGAGCUCAUGGGCAGUAUCAAGACCAUGCUGGACCCCAAGGGCAUUCUCAACCCUUACAAAGUCCUGCCUGAUGACCUCCGCUGACCCCAGCUGCUGCCACCGGGGAAAUCUUACUUCUGCACAGGAGGGCUGCAGUUGUGUGUGUGUGUGUGUGUGUAGCCAACAACGUUAGAUUCAUAACAUGGAUCGCUUGUAAAUAUAGCACGAUUUUAUAUCUGUGGUUUUGUAAUGUACAUUCAAAGUAUAGAAACGUGAGAAUUGACAACACAGGAUACUUUCGGUGACAGUGCAGUAAGUGUUUUAUUACAUGUACAAAAAAAAGAAAAGCAACAAUAUUUCAAAAACGAUCAGCCCACUCGGCAAACAAACAAUUGGAUCCCUUGAAUUAGGUUCUGAAAUUCAUGAAUAAAAUAAUAAAAUACUUUCCUAAUGCAUACGUGUCUCUCCCUCUUCUUUUAAAGCCACCUGUUAAAGUAUUAUAAAUCUUUAGUGUUCCUAUUUUACUGAAAGUAUUUCUGCAUUAAGCACACAAAGUUGUGGAAGUAACUUUCUUUUCUCUAUA